AUGCAUUAUAAAAUUAUAAUCCUUACUUUCAAUUGCAUGUUUCUAUCGGUGUUUUGUAAUUUAAAUUAUUCGAUAAGUGAACAAUGUUGUAAACCUUUGUCUUUAAAUCGAACAUACUGCAAAAAUAAUUUGAAUAUAAAAAAUAAUAUAACUUUUGAGAAGAAUAGAAAAAGUUACACGAGUGUUGUGAUAGAAAAAAUAAAAGAUACGAAUAAUGUUAAGAGUGAUUCAAAUUUUCGAAAUUCUGAAAUUUCGUGGUAUUCAAAAAUUCCAUUACUUCCAGUAGUUUUUGCAAGUUCGCCGACAAUUCCAGAAGGAAAUUGUAAAAGACAUGCGCUAAGAUAUCUUGAGGAAUUACGUAAUGGAACUCUGUGGGCUGUUCAAAUGUUUGAUUCGUCGACGAAAUAUCCCGAUGGGAUAAUAACUGGUCAUACAAGACACUACGGCAAUUUUGAUGGAUGUUAUCAAUUAAAAACGAGUAUACCAAGACACAAGUUUGACAUUGAAGCUGAAAAUGAAGAAAUCAAUGGACGAUACUGUAUUGUGAAGGUCGAGUAUCAUAAGAUUAAUACAUUCGACCAGCGCAAUGGUCCACAUACACUAGAAUUUGAUAUGAAUGGUUCGGUGUGGGAAACUAUCAAGGAAAAAGGAGAUUUUCGUCGUGUAAAGAGAUAUUUACUUGAAUUAGCUCUCUGUGUACCUGAUUCUUGUAGUGCUGUAGAUAUUAAUAGCGCUUUGAAAAAACCGCUUAAAGAAAUCGGACAGGAGAACAAUAUUUUUAUUGACAUUACAAUGAAGGGAAACUGUCAAGCACAAAAUGACAAGACGAACUUCUCGAUCAUCGCUAAAUUUUAUUGUUACAUCAUUUUAAGUCUAGCAUUGUUAAUGUUUGCAAGUACAUGGUAUGAUAUUACUACGAAAGUUGAGAACGAAAAUAAUAAUUCCAUAUUAUCAGAUUUAUUUCUUUGUUUUUCUGCCCGUCGAAAUUUCAAAAGUAUUUCAAAAAUUUCGUACAAUCAUCCAGGACUUGAUAGUAUUCAUUUAUUUCGCUCGAUAUUCAUGAUCAUGGUUAUUUUCGGCCAUAGAUUAAUGCAGUACUACUACAAUCCAACAAUGAAUUCAAAUUAUUUGGAAUUUACAUAUACAUUGCCAAUAUCAAUUCUCUUGUACAAUGGUCCGAUAAUUGUUGAAUCUUUUUUUGCAUUUGGUGGCUUAUUACUCGCUUAUUACUUAUUGAUAGAAUUGGAUAAAAAAGGUAGAAUUAAUUUUUCGAUGGCAAUAUUAAUACGGUAUCUCAGAUUAACACCAUCUUAUUUAUUGUUAAUGAUGUUUGUCGCAUUAAUACUGCCUCAUCUCGGAACUGGACCUUACUGGGGUUCAAGGAUCGGAUUAGAGAGCGAAAGUUGCUCAAAUAAUUGGUGGACUAAUAUGUUAUACAUAAACAAUUAUGUUAAUACUGACAAAAUGUGCAUGUUUCAAUCAUGGUAUCUUUCCGUGGACUACCACUUAUAUAUUAUGGCUUUGUUCAUAAUUUAUAUAUUCUGGAAAAUGCCUCGUAAAUUUGGUUAUCUAUUUCUAAUUUCUAUUAUUUUUAUUGGAUGUAUUGUUCCAUUUUGCAUCACAUAUUACUUUAAUAUUCAACCAAUGUUCAGAGGUUUACCUUACAUGCAAGAGGUUAGAGAUGAUUUUUAUUUUGUAAAUCAUUACAUAAAAACCCAUGAACGUCUUGCUUCUUAUUUUAUUGGAGUUCUCGCUGGCGCUGUUAUUUACGAUUGUCGUUUAUCGUUAUGGAGAAUAUCGAAACUAUGGUCAAAUAUACUGUUUAUAAUUGCCAUCAUAGUAUGCAUCAAAUCUCAAAAUUUGGGCUUGAAAUAUUAUGAUCCCAAUGAACAUCCAUCAUCAUUAGAAGCUGCGCUCUACGCCAGUUUAAGUCGACCUGUCUUUGCCUUUGCUAUCGUUUCAUUAAUCGUUUUAUUAACGAUUGGUGAAGGGUUAGAUGGUCAUCGUAGAUUUUUGCAACCAAGAUGGGCGCAGCCAAUGAGUAAAUUAACUUAUGGAGCAUAUUUAGUACACCAUGUAAAUCAAUCUUAUGAUAUUGCCGUCAGAAGAAAUGCUCGAACUUUCUCAAUACAUAAUAUGAUUUGGGAUUUGAUACCAGAUGUCACUCUAUCUUUCUUCUUCUCUUUAAUUAUUGCAUUAGUAAUAGAAGGUCCAUUCAGAAAUAUUGAAAAACUAUUACUUUUUAAACGAAUUGAAAAGCCCGAUAAAUUCUUAAGGAAAAAAGAGGAUAAAGAGAUAUAAUAAUGAUUAAAAAACUGAGAUAUGUAAAUAUUUAAAUAUUGAAAGAAAUUCGAACAAUUAAUGAAGCAUCAGAAAAAACUGAGGCAAUCGACGAUUACAAGUUAUCUUAAGAUAUUUAGAUUAGUAGUAAAUUUAUAUCUUCCAUUUAUGAUUAACGGUACAUAAAAUUCUGUGUAUCCUUCGAUGUCUUGUUAUCGAAAGGUAUUAUAAAAUAUAUUACCGCAAAAAAUGUUAAGAUCCGAAUCAAUUUAGUCUGCAAAAAAAACGGUGUAAGUCCACGCUUCCCCGGUGUUAAAUAAUACCGGUAGCGGUGUUAAGAAAAUAGUAGUUUUAUUUUUGAAGUAUCGGAAGAAUUAUAUUUCCCUGAUGGAAAUUUUUCGGAAUUUUCUCUGAAAAACUCAGUUCUAAAGUUCUAAAGACUUUUCCAAAGUUCCAAAGACUUCUUAGAGUUUUUCAGAGAAAAGUUCGAAAAAUUUCUACCAGGGUUCAAAUACAAAAAGAAAUUUUCUUUUGUUUCAAAAACUAAUAGUAAGACAGAUUGACUAAUUUAUGGAGAAAUCCCAAGAAUAAUUGUCCACAAUUAUAUGUUAAUGUUUUUGUAUAAAGUAUGGGAAACAAUUUUUUCAUGAUUCAAGUCUCAUUGCA